GUUUUAUUCAGAAGUACCUACCUAGAGAGGGUGAUCCAGAAAACGUUUUCAUCUGUAAAAAAUUACCCCUACAGUCGUUCGGACAUAGUAGUUCCGUUGCUUUGCGGCAACUACAGAAGCGACCGAUCCAGCCGAAUCAGAUAAAACGAAAGAGACAACACCAAGGGUCAUUCGUCAACCUCAUGUCGUCCACCGGCGGCAAGCUGGAUGCGUCUUCGGACGGUGCAGACUUGCACCUGACAACGACCAAAGACGUGAUAUCGUCGUCCGGGCGCACAAAUGAUUCCUCAUCCGCACGGAAAGGAACAAAUAACACCGGCACCAGCAAGACGAGCACCCCCCUUAUGAAAUGUAAAAAUGUCUGGGUCUGGAUCUGGAAGAAUGCAAGUUUGUCAUGCUUGUCUGGCAUGACUCGGAAAUCUGUGAUGCAUAAGCACGAAAAAGCCUUCUUGCCUGUCAUGCAAAAACGCAGUUUGCCAUGCGGAAUACGUAAGACAUGGCAGCCCAGAAAUUUGUCAUGCAUAGCUGCGUAUUGCAGUGCGUCUAUCAUUCAUUUUUAGCAUUACAAGUUUCCAGACCCAGACAUUUUUACAUUUGAUACCCCUGAGCCUCCACGUCUCCGACUGGAUCGAACUGUUUGGUUUUGGCUGGGGCCAUAUCAACUGCAAAAAUGUCUGGGUCUGGAAGAAUGCGAACUUGUGAUGCGUGUUGCGGAUCGUACAAAAAUCAGUGUUGCAUGACUUGCAAAAGGUCCCCAUUUCUGGCCAUGUUGAGAGGGCAUUUCUCAUGCAGAAUAGGCAUCACCAAGGGGCUGCAGAACCUGUGAUGCUAGGCCCUGCAUUCCAGACCAGGCGAAGCUUGAAAAACUGCAUGACAAAUCUCGGAAUCUUCCAGACCCAGACAUAUUUGCAUUUGAUAGGCCAGGUGAAGAUUUUGAACAACGUGGGCGGGAUUUGGCUCGCGGACGGCGCGGAGCUGCUCCUACUGUCCGCGUUAAUCCGCGCAGUGUCUUUGGAGUGGGACUUGAACGCCGCGGAGCGGGGCGGGAUCGUCUCUGUCGUGUUCAUCGGUGUUCUGCUCGGAAACCUGCUUUCUGGCACGUUGGGCGACGCGAUCGGUCGGCGGGUGGUGACGCUAGCCGGGUUUCUGUUUAUCGUGGUCUUUUCCGUCUUGUCGGUCUUCGCCUGGUCCUUUUACAGCCUGGCUGCCUUUCGACUGGGCGUCGGAGUGGCAUUUGGUAUUUUUAUCAGAAAAAAUUGUUUGUUGCAGCAUGGCUAAUUGAAAAUCGCACAGGUCCAACAUUUUUGCUUUCCGUGAAUAUGUUUUGCCAUCGUGUCAACGAAAUAAAGCAUUUUUGACGACACAAGUUAAGCAAGAGCUGCUCUUUAACAAUAACAGGGAUCGGGCAACCGUCCGGCGUGGCUUUGAUGAACGAACUGGUCCCGGCGCACAUUCGUAUGGCGGUUCCUUCCCUCUGCACGACCUACUUUGUUUGCGGCGAACUGUUCUCCAUCUCCCUCAUUUGUCUGAACGACCCGGACAUGAAAGAGCUGAAUUGGCGCGCUCUCGUCCUUUUCGGCGCCAUCCCGUCCCUCAUCUACGGAAUUUGGGGACUUCACGUGCUGCGGGAGUCCGCGCUGUGGCUGCAAGGGAAAAACCGGACGGCGGAGGCGGUGGAAGUACUGGAGAAGAUUCGGAGUGGCAACCGCGCUGCGGCGGCGAGUUCGUCCAUUCUCCCGCCGAUCAAUUUUUUGCGUAAAAUCCGUCGCGGCGAGCAGGGCAAAGCGUUGGCGCUGAAAAACGGGGUCAGCCUGGACGAAAACGUCACCGAAGCAGGAAACGAGGCGGCGAAUUCCGUGUGGCGAGUCCCGCUCGUGCUGAAGGACCCCGAGGAGGACAAGGCCAUGCCGUCGUCUCGUCGGGAUAUAAUGACCGCCGGAGCAUCAAAUGCGGGACCAGCAGCGGCAGGCGACAAUGGCUACGCGGUUGUGGCGGUGGAAGACACGACCACGACCCGAAGUGCUGGAAAUUAUCAUCCGCAAGUAGAACAAACGGGCGACACCGGCGGGCCGCCGGCGAUCGAAAAGUCGGAAGAUGACUGGCUCCAGCGGUUCUUGUUGGUCAUCUCUCCAAAAUACUUCCCGACGACGUUUUUCCUCUGUUUCGCGCUGUUCACCUGCAACGUGGUCUUUUACGGUGGUUUGUACGUGUUUCCCCAAGUCCUCGCCGACAUGGGUGAAACGCUACCCGUGAAACCGGCGAUUUCCCUCAUGAUCGCCACCUGCUUCGAGACCAUCGGGGCCUGCUGUGCGUUUUUCGUCGGGUCGAAUCUGCUGCGGAAACCCGCGCUGUCCGUUUGGCUCCUGUGCUCGAUGUAUCAAGUGUAAAAAUGUCUGGGUCUGGAAGAGUGCGAACUUGUCAUGCUAAAUCUGAAGCAUGCAAAAAUCUGUGUUGCAUGAUAACCAAAAGCCGCCCAAUUUCGACCAAGUCGGGAGGGAGUUUCUCAUGCAGGAUACGCAUGAGAGAGAUAGAGAUUGCACAGAAUCUGUCAUGCUAGGUCCUGCAUUCCAGGCUUCGUGGGUCAUGGAAAAGCUGCGUGACAAAUCGCGUAUGCUUCCAGACCCAGACAUUUUUACAUUUGAUACGAUGUUCUGCGUCACCCUGUUCAUCGCCGGCGUGCCGAAGGUUCUGCCCGGCCCGGAGACGAAAGCCGUGCCGGUUUUGGCCACGAGAACGAGCGCGUCUAGUGGUACGCCCUCCGGCGGCACAGGGUCAUCUUCGUCUUUGUGGUCCGCCUCCCCGCACGAGCCGCCGAUUGCGACUUCCACGGGCGUCACAGCCGCGGUGUCAGGCACUACAACUGGUGGAGAGCGGCUAGGACCAGGAGCAGGAGCAGCGAGGCAAGAGGAAGUAGAGGACACCUCAAGUACAUCUUGGGUCACUGCGCUUCUCGGGAAAAGCACGAAGAGUAAGCACAAGGACGAGUAUCUGCAGAAGGAACGCGUGGAACAAACUGCAGUGCCAGCUGCCACAACCAGUGAGAACACUGAGAGGGCUCAGCACAAGGAAAAACUCGCGUUGAAGAGCACACCGCUCGGGCCGGCGUUACUGGAGGACGAGGAAGAGACACCGCUGUCGGCGGGUGCAAGCCCCACGGCACCAUCGGGCACAAAUGAUGCGGAGCGGUAUGUGGUCGUGCCGAAUCUGAUUCAGAAUUUUCUCGAGGUGGAGGAAGGAGAGAACAAAGACGCAUCUACUUCUUCUUCACAAGACGCACAACAGGAACGACAGCACAGUGGUGCAUCAACUUCUUCUUCUACAGAGGGCAGCAACACAAGAAAUCGCGGCCACAGAAGAGAAGUACCAGAGUCCCGUGGUUCAAAUUCUUACACAGGAGCUGCCGCCCAGAAGCUCUUGCAAACACAACAGAAGAACUCGGCCUUGGCAGCGCACGAAGUUGUACAGUCUGCCCAGGAGCGAGAGGCCAAGCGGCUGGAGCUGGACGAGAAGCUGGGACACCGGACGCACGUCACGGAUCUGCUCCUCCAGAUUGGCCUGUGUGGACAGAAGGUCACCGUCGUCAUGGGGUUUGCGCUGAUCACGCUGUUCGCCAUCGAAUCCUACCCCACGCACUGCCGCGCCACCGGGGUCGGUGCGGGGAUCGCGACCGGGCGGCUCGGCGCGAUAGCGGUCCCGCUAAUCUACGAGGGACUCAAAGAGUCGACGGGCACGCACGAGGCGUUUUUCGUCUUUGUGCUGGGGCUGAUGUUCACGUCGUUGAUGCUGGUAUACUGGCGUGGUUCAAUGUUGAGUGUACGGUUUGGUUGUUUGUAAACAUGAUUGAAAGCGUAGUUGGAACGGCGUAAGGAUUUGAUCAACCCAUUUUUAUAUGUUUCUAAAACCACAAACAGCUUCUCUUCCUGCCCCUGCGAGAGACCUCUGGCGCCUCUCUCGACGACGUGGACCAGGAAGUCGACAGCGGGAAGGAAACGCGCAUGGCUUUCGAUUAUUUGUUCCGGACUAGUAGCAGCAAAGACGACGCGCCGCUUCUCCCCAUGCCGAACACGCUGUAGAUCUUCGAGGAUGACCGGCCAUACUGUGUUGAGUAGCGCUGGUGCCCCCGCGGAGGACCAUGCUGCGGAGGGAUGACCAUCGGAGCAUCAACAUGCUGCGAAGUGCGGAGCUCUUUCACCACACGACCCUACCAGAGAACUUUUUCAACCAGGAGAGACUCAUCUUGAGUUCUUGCUGUGUUUUGUUUUUUCCAUGAGAUGAAGUCGUCCUUUUCUUCGCGAACUCACAGUUCACUCGGGCGUCAUGGGUUUUCUUCCUCGACGAGUGCGGACAUAGCGCAGAUCUUCACGACCCUCGAUUUGCAGUACUAGUUCGUUCUUGGGUCGGUUGCCCUUGCCGCCGUCUGAUCGUCCAGAACAAGUGGUGCUUUCCGUUCGAGCUAGUUUCGGCGUUUUUUUCUCGUCUCUGUUUCAAUUUUUUUUGGUACGCAGAAAUGCUUGCUAACGUUUCCAUCAAGUGCUUUGUUCGCGUUAAUAUUUCCUCAAAAGUUUCAUAAUACGUGAACUUUUCUCCCUUAUGCAGAUGAUGCAGCACACUUUAAUCCACAAUCCACAAUUACUGACUCGAAGAUUGAUUGACCCAAUUCAGAGCUUAGCUAAACGGCAAGGGUCACCCGCCACAAGCCCUUCGGGCCUGAAGUUGCACCAGUUGCUCCUGGUGCGAGUGGUCCAUUACCAUCUCGUGUACGAGACCUUUCCCACCUUGCUAAGGAAAAGAACUUUUUAAACCUCAAUGCCGACGAUAAUGUCGUUUCCCACGCGAACUCUAUUUUGCUUGUUUUGAAGACGUUAAAAU